CUUGUCCUACCUAGGUAGGUAGGUAGUAGGUAGUAGGUAGGUAGUGUCGGUACCCGCAAGAGGUCGGUAUGUUGUCCUCUAUCCCAUGUCACUGGAACUGGGCCAACGGAUCUUUCUCGGAUGGGUUUUUGUCUGGAACCUACCUUAUCAAGCUGGCAGCCGCCAGCACGCCUGCGAAUCAACCAAUGCCCGUCUUGCAUCUCAAGCGCCCUGGAUGGCGGGCAGGUGGGCACGCAAGGCACACAUGGCGCGUCAAAAACACAAAACGCACCACACGAUGAAAGGUACCUCUGACAGGUACGUACCCAUACGUACGCUUCGGCGGACUGUCGCCCUGUCUGUCGUAUCUUUCCUUUUCAUCAUCCAUAUGGCAAUUUGCCAUGUCCCUAACACCAUCAAUACCCUGGUUACCAGUAUUUCUCUCAUGUUAUUUGAUUGUGCUCCCCCCCAGUCCACCAUCAUCAUUACACAGUCACGCUCACAGUGUCCGCUCGCCGCAUCGCCAUGCCGGAGAUGGAACUCGUCCCGGCCCUGAGGAGAUUUUCAUUUCGCGCAUUUCAGCUCCACACAUUCCCUCCGAUAAGUGCCGCUGGCGAGAGGCCGCAGGGGAGCAGAAAUUCCUCCCCCCCAGCAGCAGCAGCACCGGCACCAGUACCAGCAUCAGCAUCGAAGUCCGACAAUGCCGGGUGCAUUCUCGCUACAUCCUUUUUCCUUU